AUGGACGAUAUGUCGAACCGCUCGCCGUCGACUGACCCCCAAGUUCACAACAUGGCAGCCAUGCCUUCGUCAAAGGCCAUGUACUCGACACCAAAUCGCCCCACCACUCAGGCACAGGCGCAGGCCCAGGUAUCGCCCGUCUAUCAAACACCAAACACGCUCUCCCCGCAAGCUGCCGCCCGAGAACGCGCUCGUGUCACGAUCCUCCUGGAAAUAAACUCGGCAUUAUUGCAAGAGGUGGUAAAUCUGCAGGCAAGCGGCAAGGCCGGGCCAGCUUCGAACCAGACCAGUGCCACCGGCUCGCCGUCGUCGCCUCAGGAUCCCCAAAAAUCCAGCAACGGGUCAGAUAGCGCCAAGGCGGCUGCACCAGCUGGCAAGCCCGGGCAGGAAUAUGUAGACUGCAUGCGUCGGCUCCAGGCCAACCUCGCGUACCUCGCAACUGUAGCAGACCGUGCAAAGAAGACCAGUGCCACGGCUCCACAGAUUCCCGCGAUCAUGACACCACCGCCGCAUCUCCCGUCGGUUAACCAGCUAUACUCCUCACUCAACGAACUAUUUACCAGCAUCCCUUCCACGCCACAGGCCGGCAUUGGAAGUCCUCUGACUCCCCAGCAGCAGCAGCAACAGCAACAGCAGCAGCUAUAUCGACAGCGUCAAAGCCAAAUGCAGUUACUGCAGCAGCCUGAUUUUUCGUACCCUGGGUCGGCUGCUGGAUGA